GAUGCUCUCCAAGGUCCGUUCACCCCACAGCACUCCCCGCGCUCCGCGGGCCGGGCCGGGCCGGGCCGGGCCGCUCGCAGCUGCCCCGGGGCGGCCGGCUGCCCGCAAAGCCCGGCGGCUGGGGAGCGGCGCGCGGAGCGGACGGGAGAGAGGGCGGCUGCCCGCAAAGCCCGGCCUGGCUGUCGGCGGCGCGGAGCGGGAGGCCGUCCUUAAGAUGGCUGUUGUGCGCGGGGCGCCGCCGCUGUAGCGCCGCGAGGAGCCGCCCGCUCGCCCCGCUUCGCCGCGCCCGCCAUGGAGUGCCCGCACCUCGGCUCCAGCGUCUGCAUCGCGCCCGACUCGGCCAAGUUCCCGCAGGGCUCGCCCUCCUCCUGGUGCUGCAGCGGUGAGUGCGGCCUGCGCUGCGCGGCCCUCCCGGCCCGAGUGUGCCGGUCAAAUAAAAGUCCCUGGGUCUGUCUGACGUGUUCGAGUGUCCAUUGUGGAAGAUAUGUGAAUGGCCAUGCAAAAAAGCAUUAUGAAGAUGCACAGAUUCCUAUGACCAAUCAUAAGAAAACAGAAAAACAGGAGAAAGUUCAGCAUACUGUGUGUAUGGAUUGCAGUAGUUACAGUACAUACUGUUAUCGCUGUGAUGAUUUUGUAGUCAAUGAUACCAAGCUCGGCCUGGUACAGAAGGUCAGAGAGCACCUACAGAACUUGGAAAAUUCAGCCUUUACAUCAGACAGACAUAGGAAAAGAAAACUAUUGGAAAACCCAUCUCUGAACAGCAAGUUAUUGAAAGUAAAUGGAAGCACCACUGCCCUUUGUGCCACAGGCCUUCGGAACCUGGGGAACACUUGUUUCAUGAACGCAAUCCUUCAGUCACUCAGUAACAUUCAGCAGUUUUGCUGUUACUUCAAAGAGUUGCCUGCAGUGGAGCUGAGGAAUGGGAAGACGGCAGGGCGGCGAACUUACCACACCAGGAGCCAGGGGGAUAAUAAUGUUUCACUUGUGGAAGAAUUCAGAAAGACACUCUGUGCUUUAUGGCAAGGAAGCCAAACUGCAUUUAGUCCAGAGUCUUUAUUUUACGUUGUUUGGAAAAUAAUGCCAAAUUUUAGGGGAUACCAGCAACAGGAUGCCCACGAGUUCAUGCGUUACCUUUUGGACCAUCUACACCUGGAACUCCAGGGUGGCUUCAACGGUGUUUCACGUUCAGUAAUCUUGCAAGAAAAUUCUAACCUGUCUGCAAGCAACAAAUGUUGCAUAAAUGGAGCGUCAACUGUUGUCACUGCCAUUUUCGGAGGCAUUCUUCAAAAUGAAGUCAACUGCCUAAUAUGUGGGACUGAAUCUAGAAAGUUUGACCCAUUCCUAGACCUUUCGCUAGAUAUUCCAAGUCAGUUCAGAAAUAAACGUACUAAAAACCAAGAGAGUGGACCAAUGUGCACGCUACGAGAUUGUCUUCGCAGUUUUACAGACCUGGAAGAACUUGAUGAGACAGAGUUGUACAUGUGUCACAAGUGCAAAAAGAAACAGAAGUCCACCAAAAAAUUCUGGAUUCAGAAACUACCAAAGGUGCUAUGCUUACACUUGAAACGCUUUCACUGGACAGCAUAUCUGAGAAACAAGGUUGAUACAUAUGUUGAGUUUCCCUUGCGAGGCCUAGACAUGAAAUGCUACUUGUUAGAGCCUGAAAACAGUGGCCCAGAGAGCUGCCUGUAUGACCUCGUGGCUGUGGUUGUGCAUCAUGGCUCAGGUGUUGGUUCUGGCCACUACACAGCGUAUGCGGCGCACGAGGGCCGCUGGUUCCACUUCAAUGACAGUACUGUAACCCUGACCGACGAGGAGACCGUGGGUAAGGCCAAGGCCUACAUCCUCUUCUAUGUGGAGCGCCAAGCCAAGCCUGGAGCAGAGAAACUUUAAUACCUCCUUUGCAUUCUUACUUAUCAAGUCCACCGGACAAACAUUUCCAUUUUUCCAUAAAUACUUGAUCCAAGACUUACUAA